AGAAAAAAAAGGACUGGAGAAAAUCAGUACCACGUACCUCUGGUGGCAGUGGGAACUCUCUUGAAAUGUGUGAUGUAGAGAAUUGGUUUUAUAAAAUACCAUGAAGUGGUACUAGUAACUUGUAGGUCGAACACGAGCAUGAGUGGUGGGCUGUUUACAGGACGUCUCGGGAGCGCGCAUUUAUCGAAGAGAAGGGAGGGAAAACGGCAAAGAUUUGACCUCAGAAAGAAGCGAGGAAGAAAACCACGACGGGAGUGAGACGCCAACACGGAUUUCCUUUGGGAUAAACGGACGGGCCUCGCUGCUAAAACGAUGCCUCACUCAAGGCGGUACCCGUCUUCGGAGCGGGCCAGUCGAGGCAGCUACCAGGACCGGCACCGGGGGCGCAGGCGCCGCCACCGACGGUCCCCUUCCCUCUCCUCCAGCAUGGAGAGGGAGCGGGAGCGGGAGAGGAGGGGAGGAGCACACCGGCAGGACUGCAGCUACCUGCGCUCCAGGAGCUACGACAACCGCUCUGCAGACAGCAGGCCGUACGACCGGCGGUACUGCGAGGGCUACCGCCGCCUGGACUACAGCCGCGAGCGCGAGAGGGAGCACGGGCCGGCCGAGGGCUACUACCUGCACGGCGACUUCGCCGCCCGCCCCUACGACUACCGGCGCGGGAGAGAGCGGGAGCGCGAGCGGGACGACACGUACGAGCGGAAGGACAGCAGGCGUAAGCACAAACGAAGGAGGCGUAGAACCAGGUCCUAUAGCCCGUCCUCUUCGAGGAGCAACAGCCGGACGCGGGCGUUGAGUGUGAGGGACGACGAGGAAGGGCACCUGAUCUAUCGGAGUGGGGACGUCCUGCAAGAAAGAUAUGAGAUUGUCAACACUUUGGGAGAGGGCACCUUCGGGAGGGUAGUCCAGUGUGUGGACCAUCGCAGGGGCGGAGCUCGUGUGGCUCUGAAGAUCAUUAAGAAUGUGGAGAAGUACAAGGAGGCGGCGCGGCUGGAGAUUAAUGUGCUGGAGAGGAUCAAUGAGAAGGACCCCGACAACAAGCACCUCUGUGUGCAGAUGUACGACUGGUUCGACUACCACGGCCACAUGUGCAUCUCCUUCGAGCUGCUGGCGCUCAGCACCUUCGACUUCCUCAAGGAGAACAACUACCUGCCCUACUCCAUCGGCCAGGUCCGCCACAUGGCCUACCAGAUCUGCCAGGCGGUCAAGUUUCUCCAUGACAACAUGUUGACGCACACCGAUCUGAAGCCAGAGAAUAUCUUGUUCGUGAACUCGGACUUCACGAUGACUUACAACGUGGAGAAGAAACGGGACGAGCGCACGGUGAAGAGCACGGCGGUACGGGUGGUGGAUUUCGGCAGCGCCACCUUUGACCACGAGCACCACAGCACCAUCGUGUCCACGCGGCACUACCGCGCCCCGGAGGUCAUACUGGAGCUGGGCUGGAGCCAGCCGUGUGACGUGUGGAGCAUCGGCUGCAUCCUGUUUGAGUAUUACCUGGGCUUCACCUUGUUUCAGACUCACGAUAAUAGGGAGCACCUGGCCAUGAUGGAGAGAAUACUGGGACCCGUGCCCUCCAGGAUGAUCCGCAAAACCAGGAAGCAGAAGUAUUUCUACCGCGGCCGGCUGGACUGGGACGAGAGCUCCUCCGCCGGGAGAUACGUGAGGGAGAACUGCAAGCCGCUGCGGAGGUACCUCCUGUCAGAGGCUGAGGAGCACCACCAGCUGUUCGACCUGAUCGAGAGCAUGCUGGAGUACGAGCCCUCCAAGCGCAUCACCAUGGCGGCGGCUCUCCGGCACCCCUUCUUCGAGGCCAGCAGCGGGGGCGACCCCGGGGGAAGCAAGAGCUGGGAGGCCAACCGCGACAUCAGCCGGUGACCCCCCCGCCCCC